AUGGCUCCUGCAGAGGAUGCCGAGGCUCCAAAUGCGGAAAUACCGAUCUCCAUCCUGAAAGUCACGUGCAUCAAAGGGCCACACCUGAAGCAGCCUUGGCUCCCGGAUGUGCAAACGGUCGGUGGUGUGGAGUAUAUCAAACUUCACAAAUGGGAUCGGGAUCUCACCCUCUUCUCGACCGGAACACCGCUGAACUUCGCUGCCACAGGCAGGCGGCCAGCUCACAACAUAAAUGUGCAGUGGUUCGAGGAUACCAAAAGGCUUCGGCGGGAAGCUUGCGAUGCCGCCGUCAGGAAGAUCAUCGCAGAUGCAGCCGAGGCGGAGGGCAAGCCGGUGCCCCCGAGAAUCAGACCGGCCCGGGAAGAGGACCAAUUUCUUGUCGGCAAGACGGUGAUGCUCGAUUGCCCGGACAUUCUUGACCAGCACGAUCAGGUCUUGCAGCCGGCCAGGCAAAUCCAGUUUCUCUGGGGCACGACAAGCGACUUGUUCAUGGAACUGAAUGAAGACAACCUCGCCUACAUUCGUUGUGCCAUCAAGGAAUCCGCCCCUUUCAUCCAGCAGCCCAGCAAAAGGAGGUCUAAGUUACAAGGGAGCCCGAAGCGGUUGAGGAAGCGGGGUAGAAAGCCAAAGGCUGAUGAAGUAGCACCCGAAGCAGCCCUUGCUGGGGAAGGUGGCCAGCAAGAGGAAGAUGAUGCAGAGUAUGAUGAUGAUUGA